AACUUUUCAACUGCGCGAGAGAAAUUCGAGUGUGACUGUCAAAUUCGGGAGUGUUUUUACCUGCGUAUUCGAGAAGUUUGUUAAUUUUUUUCGGGAGGAAACCGUUUGUUCCCUGCCGUUUUCCGGUCUUUCUACGUGUCCCGGAUGUUCCCCGGUUAGAUUUCCACCCAACUCGCGUGAGUGUUGAUCGCACAAAGAAUAUUUUCGCUCGGAUGUGUGUUUAGUAAGUGGUUUCGUCGUUGGGAGUUUGCGAAAGAGGGAGUGAGGGGGACAAAGUGGAGCAACUACGAAAAUCCGCAAGAGGAUCGGUUUUGAGGGCGAUUCGAUUUCUACUCGUACCGAAUGCCGCAACCAGAACGGGAUAGUGAAGGCAAUAACAAAAUGACAAUGAAUGACGAAGGAAAUGGUACGGCGAACACCGCCGUGACCAACAAUAACUCUCUUUCUACGACCACAACAAACGGAACCAAUGGUGGAGGCGGACUUACAGUGGGGACAGGAACCACUGGAUCAGGAGUAAACAAUAAUGGUAGCAAACCAAAUAGUCAGGACAAAAGACUCAGCGGUAAUAACAACGGUGGCAACAAUGGUACCAGUGCCAGCCAGCCAAGGUUCAUCAUUCCGAAGUCCAACGAAAUAGAAACUCUCCCACAGCUGAAGGAUACCGCGUCAAAUCCCAACGAAAGGGAAGAGCUGUUUGUACAGAAGCUUCGUCAGUGUUGCGUGUUGUUUGACUUUUCCGAGCCGCUGAACGAUCUCAAGUACAAGGAAAUCAAGCGUUGCGCUUUGCAGGAAAUGGUGGAGUACCUGAGCAGCCAGCAGCAGGUUAUCACGGAAUCCAUCUACCCGGAAGCGGUACAAAUGUUUGCGGUUAAUUUGUUUCGCACGUUGCCCCCAUCCUCCAAUCCCAACGGGGCCGAGUUCGAUCCGGAGGAGGAUGAACCCACGCUCGAGGCUAGUUGGCCGCAUCUGCAGUUUGUGUACGAAUUGUUCUUGAGGUUUCUCGAAUCACCAGACUUCCAACCGAGCGUGGCCAAACGGUACAUUGAUCAUGGUUUCAUCUUGAAUCUGCUGGAGCUAUUCGAUUCGGAAGAUCCACGCGAACGCGACUUUCUCAAAACUGUCCUGCAUCGGGUGUAUGGAAAAUUCCUUGGCCUACGAGCCUUCAUUAGGAAACAAAUUAACAACAUCUUCUACAAAUUUAUCUACGAAACGGAACAUCAUAACGGAAUUGCUGAACUAUUGGAAAUUUUGGGCAGUAUUAUAAACGGUUUCGCUCUGCCACUUAAGGAGGAGCAUAAACAAUUCUUGCUCAAAGUCCUGCUGCCGCUGCAUAAAGUUAAGAGUUUGUCGGUGUAUCACCCCCAACUUGCAUACUGCGUUGUGCAGUUUCUAGAAAAGGAUCCAAGUUUGACACAACCGGUCAUUAAGUGUCUUCUAAAAUUUUGGCCCAAGACUCAUAGUCCCAAAGAGGUGAUGUUCUUGAAUGAGCUGGAAGAGAUCCUGGAUGUUAUUGAACCGGCCGAGUUCCAAAAGGUGAUGGAGCCUCUAUUCCGCCAGAUAGCCAAAUGUGUCUCGAGUCCUCAUUUCCAAGUUGCAGAAAGGGCUCUCUACUACUGGAACAACGAGUACAUUAUGUCACUGAUUUCGGAGAACUCAAAGGUUAUACUUCCGAUAAUGUUUCCGGCGCUGAACUCUAACUCGAAAACGCACUGGAACAAAACAAUUCACGGCUUAAUCUAUAACGCGAUCAAACUAUUUAUGGAGAUGAAUCAGAAGCUGUUCGACGAGUGUCAUAGGAAAUUCAAAGCCGAAGAGCAGAGCGAAAUGGAGAAGCUGAAUCGCCGGGAAGAACUAUGGCAGCAAAUGGAAAACAUGGCCCGACAACAUCCAAUCUAUCCGAAGUUUGCCCUCUCUGAUGAGGACGGAUCGGCGGCGAUGACCUCCGGUGGCGAGCUGGUUCUCGCCGGUGCAACAAGUUCUGCGGAGAAGGACAAAGAUUCAAUGUUGGGGCGGUCUUACAACAGCACCAGCAACAACGCAAGAUCGACGACGGCACCAGUCCAGCAGAAAACCUAAAACUGUAGCGCGAGAUUUGUUGCUAGUCUCGCCUUUACAUUUUUUCUGUUUUAGCAAGUACCUUUUAAUGACAUGCGAGAGCGAACGAGAAAAGUUAGCAAACGAAGGAUAUUUUCUUUUUGAGAGGCGUUGCGUAUAUAUGUUUUAACACUGGAGAAAAAAAUAAAAGAUUACUAAUGUAGGUAAAAAUUGAAGGAAAGAUAUUCAGUACGAUCAAUUUAGAAAGUAUAUUUAGAAGCAAACACGCUAAGCGUUUAGCACUCACGAUUAGUCUAUGCAAGUAUAUUGAUCAAUGUGCCGAGGAUGAUAGGAACCACAAUGAAACACACUCAAGCCUCUUUCUACGAUGCUUUUAUUAUGGCAAAAUAUAAAAAUAAAUUUACUUCUGAUUACUCGCCGAAUCAUAAAACAAAUUCAAUAUUUCUCAGUGUUCUUUGUUUGAAAAUAAAAAAAUAUACUUGGCAUUAGUAAAUUUUCAAAAACAAAUUAAAUUUGUUAGUAUUCAUGUCCCACGAAGAUUGCAAUUCAAUUCGUUGCACAUUUUGUUCGGGAUUAAAAAAUAACAAAAACGAAGAAGAAUCAACCAAUUCAAUCUAAUGCGGAUUUUAAUAUAAAUGUUGGAUUAUUUUUAUAAAUUCGACUUUGGUCUCUUAAUAAAGUGGCGUAGAAGAGGUUUCAGUAAAUGUGUAAUGGUAGCAGCCACAUAACUCUAUUAUUCAUUUUGGUAAUUUGUUUUGCUCGGACAAACCCACUGUGCAAAUAUAAAGUCGAACAUCUUAAUCUUUUCUUUCUAAAUAGUUUAAUGAUAAAGCGUAUGUAGUAGCAUUAUAAUAGGUUCUAUUGAAUAUUGACGUUAUUUCAGAAAAUGACCUACUGUUUGAUAUGUUUCAGUCCCUACUUCAAACUCUACUCUUUUAAGGCGAAACACACUACCUGUACUAUUUUAUUGUUAACCUGGUACAUUAAAAAACAACAAUAUUGCUCUAAAAAGUAUAGAAUGGCAACACGGAACACAAAAUAUGCAACUUACUAUAUGGUAGGAAUCCGGAUCCCCGUCCUUUGUUGGUUUUGGGGUGACAAAAGCAAAAAUUCUCACAAACAAUGCAGCCAGGCAGGAAAACUUGUCAGAAGAGACCCAAUAGAAGCCUUGCUGCAGUUUUCCUGUGUCAAUAAAAACAUAAGGAAACAGUAUGAAUCAUUAUUUUCUAAAAUCGAUCGUUUCUAUCUUGAUGAACGACCGUAUUGAACCCACUAACAAAAGUAAAUUAUAGAAUAUCUCGUUCGUUACAUUGUAUUAUUUGACUUUUUUUUGUGACUGAAGAAACAUACAACCAAGAAAUUGUGAAAGGGAAUAUUGAUUCCAGCUGAUUCUUUGUAAUUCUGAUGGCAACAGAAGCGAAGUGGAGAAAAACAAAAGUCGAAUGUAUGGGAAAAAGAUAAUUGUUAGAAAUUUUCACUAAUAAAAACGGCAAAAUAUUACAAUCGCA